AUGAGCACGGGAAACAAGUCAAGACCAACAUCUCAUGCCAAUGCAGACUUUAACGCAGAGUCAGUUGGAGUGAAAACCAGUGGCGGAGCAAGUCCGAUGGGUUCCAAUAUUUUUAUUGUUCGAACAGAUGAAAAUAAUACAACUCAAAUACAUCCAGAACCCGAUCGACAUGAACCAAUUACUAAAACAAACUUCGGUCGAGCUAUUCUUCGUGGCAUUCGAUCUCUUUGGGCAACACGACAAACAGAAAAAAAUCUUCAAAAGAACAAAGAGUUAUACAUCAAAACUACAAUAAAAGAACUUGUUCUCUACUUAGUGUUCAUCGCUAUUCUAUGCAUCAUUACAUUUGGCAUGACAUCAACAAAAACAUAUUAUUUUACAACUGUUUUACGUUCGGUUUUUACUGAACGAAACGUUGAAGGCCUUGGUGCUCAGCCAACAUAUGAUGAUAUUGGUAAUUUUGAUGAUUUUUGGAAGGUUAUGGAUGGCCCUGUAAUAAGCGCGUUAUUUGAUCAAAAAUGGUACAAUGGAGAAAAUUUAACCAACGAUCAAUAUGGUUAUGUUUUAUUUGAAAAUAAAAUUCUUGGUUUACCACGAAUUCGGCAACUUCGAGUUACGAACCAUUCAUGUACUGUCCAUGAAAUAUUUCAGCAAUCUAUACGUGAAUGUUAUGGACCCUAUAGUAGUAGUAGAGAAAAUCGAAGUUCCUAUCUACCGGAAAAUGAUACUAUAACGCCGAAUGCUUGGCAUUAUCAAACAUCAAAACAACUUUCAGGUCGAUCAACAAGUGGAUUGAUAUCUGUAUAUGGCGGUGGCGGUUUCGUACAAGAGUUAACACCAAAUUAUAAUGAUGCUUCAGCUCAAUUGAAGGACUUAAAUGCAAAUCUAUGGAUAGAUCGUGGUACACGUGCUGUCUUCUUAGAUUUUACCGUUUAUAAUGCAAAUAUUAAUUUGUUUUGUCAAAUUAAAUUAAUGGUUGAAUUUCCGGCAUCAGGCGGAGCUGUACCAUCGAAAUCGUUUUCAACAGUCAAACUCAUUCGUUAUGUUUCAAGCAUGGAUUAUUUUGUAUUAGCCUGUGAAGUUUUGUUCACAGCUUUUACAGUUUAUUAUACAGUUGAAGAAACACUUGAAAUACGACAUUUUAAAUUGCAAUAUUUCAAAUCGAUUUGGAAUGUACUUGAUGUAUUGAUCAUAGUCAUUUCAUAUAUUUGUGUUGCAUUCAAUAUUUAUCGUCAAAUCAAAGUCGGGCAAAUUCUUGAUGAAUUAUUAAAAAAUCAAAAUAGUUUUGCUGAUUUUGAAUUUCUUACCUACUGGCAAAUACAAUUCAAUAAUAUUGUCGCAUUUGCCGUUUUUCUUGCAUGGAUUAAAAUUUUCAAAUAUGUUUCAUUCAAUAAAACGAUGACGCAAUUAUCGACAACCUUAUCACGUUGUGCAAAAGAUGUAAUGGGUUUUAGUGUUAUGUUUAUGAUUGUCUUUUUGGCAUAUGCACAACUGGGUUAUUUAUUAUUUGGUACAAUGGUUGAUGAUUAUAAAACAUUUUCAAUUUCGAUUUUUACGUUGUUUCGUAUUAUUUUGGGCGAUUUUGAUUUUAAUGCAAUUUUGACUGCUCAUCGUGUUCUUGGCCCUAUAUUCUUCUUAACAUAUGUAUUUUUUGUAUUCUUUGUAUUAUUGAACAUGUUUUUGGCUAUUAUUAAUGAUACGUAUUCCGAAGUUAAAAGUGAUAUAACAACACAAAAGUCGGAAUUUGAAUUGGGUGAUUAUUUUCAAAAAUCCUACGAAAAAAUGCUCGACCGAUUGAAUUUUAAACAAGAUCGUAUUAUUGAUAUACAAAAUGCAUUAAAAAGUGCUGAGCUCAAUCGAGAUGGUGUCAUUGAAUUUGACGAAUGGCGUCGAAAUUUAAAAGCUCGUGGUUAUGCGGAUGUUGAAAUUGAAAAUGUUUUUUCACGUUAUGAUGUUGAUGGCGAUCGUGUACUUCGUGAUGAUGAACAACGUCGAUUUAAAGCUGAUUUAGCUGCACAAGAAAAUCAUUUAGAGAUGGAUAUUAAAGAUUUAAAUGAUCCGCAUGAUCAACAUGGUAAUGAUCAAGCAUCAAAUGGAAACGAGGGUGAUAAUGAAAAUCGUAUUGCAUACGAUAAAUUUGUUAUGCUAGUACACCGUAUUGAUCGUAUGGAAUAUUCUAUUGGAAAUAUUGUUUCUCGGAUUGAUAAUGUUUUAAACAAAUUAGAAACGAUAGAAAAAGGAAAAAUGAAACGACGUGAAGCAUUAACAAAAAUUCUGAAUAGUAUUUCAGAAGAUGAUAAAAUGAGUAAAGAAAUGAAACAUGAACACUUAGAAAGAAUGAUUCGUGAUGAACUUGAAGAGCAUAAUACGGAUUGUACAACGCAAGUUCAAAGUGUAUUUAAAAAAGCAAGAGCACCAUGUGCGCCUGGAAAUGGCCGUUGA